ACCAAUCAGCACCACGGAAAAUAUGUCAUGCGCGAUAGAGCUUGUGAUGGCAGUAUGGUGCGCGUGAAGGUGAUUGUGAACUAAAUGUUUGAACACGGACUAUAGUAGCUAGUCGGUUACUGCGUUUCACCGGUGUUUCACAUAAGAACGGUGUAUACUUCCUCUCAGGAUACAGGUUUGAAGUACUCCCUCUGCUCAGCAGGCAUGGCCGGCCUGUCCAACUACGCCGUGCGCAUGGCCAGACUGAGUGCACAGAUCUUUGGCGGUGUGGUGCGACAGACAGACUCCAGAUCUAUGAAGGUGGUCCAGCUGUUCCAGGAGCCUCCCAUGGCCAAGAGGAAGGAGGUGUACAACUGGUACCCACAACACAAGAUUUACUACUCCAUGACCCAGAAGCUCCGGUUCAUGGGGCUCUUCAGAGACGAGCAUGAGGACUUCAAGGAGGAGAUGCGUCGCCUGAGGAAACUCAGAGGAAAAGGGAAACCAAAGAAAGGAGAGGGGAAGAGAGCGGGCAAGAAGAAAUGAGCUGCCUUCUGUUUCUUUUCUUUUUUUAUGCAUGCAGAAGACAUUUAACUGUACAUCCUUCUGCUGUCCUCGAGGAGGAACAGGAAGGUGCUCUUCUGUAGCCUGACCUCCAAGGAACAAUCAAGAUGGCAACACAUGAACUGAUAAUCACCAACAUUGUUCAACAUCAGAUUAAACGUGUCAAUAAAGAUGCACCCGUUACCUCCUAGA